CAAUGUGUGAAAACGUGUUUCUGAAAAGCUAGUAUUGAAUUUGGUUUUUAAAGCAUUCUUUUUUGUUCCCUGGUAAGUUUUAAACUUUAAAGCAAAUUCUUGAAGAUUCCUCGUCAUUGUUUAACUCCAAGUGUUGGAUUUGGCAUCUGAGAGUAGAGACAAGUGCUUGUAUGGCAGUAGAGAUAGCAGGUGUCCUUUUCAACUGAAUAACAAUGGGAGAAAAUGGGGACAAACACUCAGGCUCACAAGAGAGUAACUCCAAGAAGCCUGAGAGUAAAAAUCAUUCAGGCGUCCCCAAGAGUGAUCUUUGGACCGAUGGGCUAAUCUGCGCCUUUGAGUUCAUCCGAGGAGCCAAAAAGCAUGUUCACUUGAAGCAAGAAGAUGGACACACCAGAGUUACUGAGUUUAACCACAACCCUUUUGUUGAUUCAUCUGCAGCCGAUGUUCCAAGGUCAAGGUCGGCAUCUUCCUUGAAUUUCAUAGAUGACCACCUGCUUCCAACAGCACAAGCCGAGAGAUACGAGGGAAGCCGCUGGGUGCCUAUCGGUUGGGCUAGAAUAUCCGAGCUAGUUCAAACGGUGCAAGUGAACGCAGAGUGGCCUAGUUUGGAGCUGAUUGAUGACGAAGAGGAUGUCCCAGUUACAGACUUAGCGGCUCCCUAUUGGGAAAGGCCGGGUGGUCCCACGUGGUGGUGUCAUAUGGCUGCUGGACACUCUUCCGUCGAGGCGUGGCUCAGAAACGCUACGUGGUUGCAUCCUGCUAUUAGUCUUGCGUUGAGGGAUGAGAGUAAGCUGAUAAGUGAACGGAUGAGACACCUUCUCUACGAGGUUCCGGUGAGGGUUGCUGGAGGUUUGUUGUUUGAGCUUUUGGGGCAAUCGGUUGGUGAUCCUGUGAUCAGUGAGGAUGAUGUUCCCGUUGUUUUUCGGUCUUGGCAAGCUAAGAACUUCUUGGUGACUGUGAUGCACGUUAAAGGGAAUGUAUCAAGCACUAAUGUGCUUGGCGUCACUGAAGUAGAGGAGCUGCUGUAUGCAGGAGGUUAUAAUGUGCCAAGAACGGUUCAUGAAGUGAUAGCACACUUGGCUUGCCGUCUCUCUCGAUGGGAUGAUAGGCUGUUCCGUAAGUCCAUAUUUGGUGCAGCAGAUGAAAUUGAACUGAAGUUUAUGAACAGGAGAAACCAUGAGGAUGUAAAUCUCUUCAGUAUCAUUCUCAACCAAGAGAUUAGAAAAUUAUCAAGACAGGUCAUCAGAGUGAAGUGGUCACUACACGCAAGAGAGGAGAUUAUCUUUGAGCUAGUCCAGCACCUGAGGGGAAACGUAGCUCGCCAAUUGUUGGAAGGUCUGAGGAAAAACACAAGGGAGAUGCUGGAGGAACAAGAAGCAGUCCGUGGACGUCUGUUUACAAUUCAAGAUGUCAUGCAAAGCAGUGUCCGCGCUUGGUUACAGGACAAGAGUCUGAGAGUGAGCCAUAACUUAGCCGUCUUUGGAGGAUGCGGUCUUGUACUCACAAUAAUCGUGGGAUUGUUUGGGAUCAACGUGGAUGGCAUCCCCGGCGCACAGAACACUCCUUAUGCAUUUGGUCUGUUCACUCUGCUAAUGGUCAUCAUCGGAGCUGUUCUCAUUGCGGUUGGCUUGGUGUACCUGGGGCUCAAAAAGCCCAUCACGGAAGAACAGGUAGAAGUGAGGAAGCUGGAGCUACAAGACGUGGUGAAGAUAUUUCAACACGAAGCAGAGACACACGCGCAAGUCAGGAGAAACAACCUCUCUCCCACUGCUGGAGAUAUAUUUGAUGCUAACUAUAUUCUCAUCCAGUAAACAAAUCGUUUCUCUUUGUUUUAAUACGUAUCAACUGUCUUGUUUCAUUCAUAAAAAGACAGAGAAACAAGUCUAAAAUCAUUGAGAGAACAUCUACAUGCCAACAUCUUUUUACCCAAAGAUUA